GGGCUUGUUUAUCACCAUCCAUGACAAAGGUCAUAUUGCAACAAUGCUAAACUCUUGGCCUGAAGAAAAUAUUAAGGCUAUCGUGGUGACAGAUGGAGAGAGGAUUCUCGGUUUAGGAGAUCUAGGAAGUUAUGGCAUGGGUAUCCCAGUGGGGAAGCUUGCUUUGUACACAGCUUGUGGUGGAGUAAACCCACAACAGUGUCUCCCUGUCCUGCUGGAUGUUGGCACAGACAACGAGGCUCUCCUGAAUGAUCCACUCUAUAUUGGACUGAAACACAAGAGGGUUCGUGGGAAACAGUACGACGAACUGAUUGAUGAGUUUAUGCAGGCAGUUACCAACAAGUACGGCAUGAAUUGUCUGAUCCAGUUUGAAGAUUUUGCCAAUGCUAAUGCUUUUCGUCUCCUCAAUAAAUACCGCAACAGAUACUGCACAUUCAAUGAUGAUAUUCAGGGCACUGCGUCUGUUGCAGUUGCUGGCAUCUUUGCAGCCUUAAGGAUCACAAAGAACAAGCUCUCUGACCAUAAGUUUGUUUUCCAAGGAGCUGGAGAGGCUGCCAUGGGCAUAGCUCAUCUCAUCCUCAUGGCCAUGGAAAAAGAAGGAAUUUCACGAGAGGAUGCCAUCAAAAAAAUUUGGAUGGUGGACUCCAAGGGACUGAUUGUGAAGGGCAGGAGCCACCUGAACCAUGAGAAAGAAGUGUUUGCCCAGGACCACCCCAGUGUGAACACGCUGGAAGAGGUUGUGCAGAAAGUGAAGCCUACGGCAAUUAUAGGUGUCGCAGCUGUUGCAGGAGCCUUCACUGAGAAGAUUCUGAAGGACAUGGCAGCCUUCAAUGAGAGGCCCAUCGUGUUUGCCCUGAGCAACCCCACCAGCAAAGCAGAGUGCACAGCGGAGCAGUGCUACCGCUUCACCGAGGGCCGGGCCAUAUUUGCGAGUGGGAGUCCAUUCUCAAAGGUAACCCUGCCCAAUGGACAGACCUUCUUCCCUGGCCAAGGAAACAAUGCCUACGUCUUCCCAGGAGUGGCACUGGGAGUCAUCGCCUGCGGAGUCCGGCACAUCUCUGACGAUAUCUUCCUCAUCACAGCAGAGUCUAUUGCUUCCCAGGUGACAGAGCAGAAUCUUGCAGAAGGAAGACUCUAUCCCCCCUUGGGCACCAUCAGAGAGGUGUCUCUCAAAAUCGCUGUGCAAAUUGUUGACUGGGCCUACAAGCAUGGUCUUGCUUCUUGGUACCCUGAGCCAGCAGACAAGGAAGCCUUUGUGAAACAGCUCGUCUACAGUCCUGAUUACGAUUCAUUUGUUAUCGAUGAUUACAGGUGGCCCCCCGAAGCCAUGCAAAUACAAGAUGUAUAAGUUUUUGUGAGAACUGUUUUCUCAUUUUUACCAUCCGUUCCCAUGGUUCAUAUCAUUGCUGAUACAAAUGCACCUCCAGGCUUGCAGAAUGAUAAAAGUAAAUGAAUCCAA